CGGAAAGUGGGUCUCAGGCUCCCGCUGGGCAAGCUCGGGGCCAAACGGUGGAAGUCGGGAUAAUUUGGAGGUCUUACAACAUGGCAGACAUUGACAACUUGCCUACGGUGGUUAAAAGACGAGUGAAUGCUCUUAAAAACCUGCAAGUUAAAUGUGCACAGAUAGAAGCCAAAUUCUAUGAGGAGGUUCAUGAUCUUGAACGAAAAUAUGCUGUUCUCUAUCAGCCUCUAUUUGAUAAGCGUUUUGAGAUCAUCAACGCGAUUUAUGAACCUACGGAAGAAGAAUGUGAGUGGAAACCAGAUGAAGAGGAUGAAAUUGCAGAGGAGCUGAAAGAAAAGGCCAAGGUUGAGGAUGAGAAGAAGGAUGAAGAAAAAGAAGACCCCAAAGGAAUUCCUGAAUUUUGGUUGACGGUUUUUAAGAAUGUUGAUUUACUCAGUGAUAUGGUUCAGGAGCAUGAUGAACCUAUUCUGAAGCACUUGAAAGAUAUUAAAGUGAAGUUCUCAGAUGCUGGCCAGCCUAUGAGUUUUGUCUUAGAGUUUCACUUUGAACCCAAUGAGUAUUUCACAAAUGAAGUGUUGACAAAGACAUACCGGAUGCGAUCUGAACCAGAUGAUUCUGAUCCCUUUUCUUUUGAUGGACCAGAAAUCAUGGGUUGUACGGGAUGCCAGAUAGAUUGGAAAAAAGGGAAAAAUGUCACGUUGAAAACCAUUAAGAAGAAGCAAAAACACAAGGGGCGUGGAACAGUUCGUACUGUGACUAAAACGGUUUCCAAUGACUCUUUCUUUAAUUUCUUUGCCCCUCCUGAAGUUCCUGAGAGUGGGGAUUUGGAUGACGAUGCCGAAGCUAUCCUUGCUGCAGACUUUGAAAUUGGUCACUUUUUACGUGAGCGUAUAAUCCCAAGAUCAGUGUUAUACUUUACUGGAGAAGCUAUUGAAGAUGAUGAUGAUGAUUAUGAUGAAGAAGGUGAAGAAGCAGAUGAGGAAGGGGAAGAAGAAGGAGAUGAGGAAAAUGAUCCAGAUUAUGAUGUGAAGAAGGAUCAAAACCCUGCAGAGUGCAAACAACAGUGAAGCAGGAAGUAUGUGGCCUUGAGGAUAACCUGCACUGUAAUAGCCUGAACACAACUCUUAUUUACUUACAGCCUUAUGUUUUUGUAUUUUCUUUGUAGACUCCGUAAUUUUUUUAUAGGAAAGGAACUGAUUUUAAAGACAAAUUUGUUCUACCUAUCAUUUUAACUAUAAUUUUACUGUAAGAUAUGUUGCGUGCAUAGAUUCUCUCAAGCAUGUUCAUUGCUACAUAGUUUGUUGACUAUUUUUAUUAUGUAACUAUUAGAUUGCAGGUAAUGGAACUUAACAAAACUGGCAAGUGAAACAGAUUUCUUGCUUUGCAAAUUUAUUUUCCUGAAGAACCAAAGUAUUUUUCCAGCCAGUAGGUGAAUGCGUUUCAGUCUGCUUGCAUUAGCUGUGCCUUUCAUUACUUCGUUAAGGAAAUGCAGUGACUUAUACUAAAAGAGAUAACUUAGUGUUUUGUUUUUUUUAAGUAUAUGUCAAGUAUAUGGUUAAGAAUUUCCAGUAAAACCUCAUUUGAUAACUAUCAGUGUUUAGAUUUUUGGACUUUAGUGACAAUUAACUAUAAAGAUGCUAACUCAUAGAGUGGGAAUUGUUUGCCCAAGGAAUAAAUAAAAUAAAGCCCUACUAGUUAAUCUCCUACUUAUAUAACUAUACAUUUAAAUUUAAUCUCCAUUAACUAAGCAUCUCUUCUUUGUGGUAGGGUCUGCCUUCUGCUUCCCUGGAAAGGAUGACAUUUACAUCAUUUGACAAGCCUAUUUCAAGUGUUGGUUUUUUUGUUGUUUGUUUGUUUGCUUGCUUUUGUUUUUGCAGUCUAAAAUAAAAAUGUCAUACAAUUUUA